GUAUAAUUAUACACACAUUUAUUCCAACCAUUACGUGGAAACGACCAUGAAACUUAAACUUUGGAUAGCGACAGCUCAAUAGUCUUGGAGCUGCACUGCAGAUGUACUGGUAAUGGCUUUCAGCUUGGAUAUUACGUACAUAUGAAAGGAAACAAGGAGGAGAAUUAAUCUUGUCCUGCCCUGUAUCUCACUGAUGUGGCGUCACAUUUGUUAUUUCAUGGCUGCGUUCACUGCUAGAUGUAUAGAUUAGAGCCGUUCCAGGGGCUUCAUAGGGAUAAUCAUGGAUCGGAAAAAGUCUUCACAGACUCAAGAUGUCCGAGUAUCCAGCCAUGAGAUGUGGUAAAGACAACUUUGAUUGCGAAAACUGAAGAAACAUGGAGUUACUGGGAGAAAAGACCCACCACUAUGGGAAAGAACCCCAACCUGUCAUAGCACUGAUUAUGAACCUGACGUCUCCGGAUGCUGGGUAUCAUGUGGCGGUUGACAAUCGAUCCUGUUUGGCAAAUGAAACCUUGGACUACGAAGGGUUUUAUCGUCGUGCGCAGUACGUCACUGGCUUGAUUAUAUAUCCCAUACUGUGUAUCAUAGGCAUCACUGGAAAUGUUCUGGCUCUGAUUGUGUUGAGCCACAGAGACAUGGCGACGUCAACAAAUGUGUAUUUAUCAGCCUUGGCGGUUUCAGAUACAAUCAAACUCUUCAAUGACCUUUUGUACUUUGUAAUGGUCGUACUAUUUCUUAACGAUGCAGAACUUUCGGAGAAGAUGAAAAUCACCCUGUAUCCAUUCGCCCAUUACAUAUUUAACAUGGCUGUGUGCAUCACAGCCUGGCUAACUGUUUCUGUUGCAUUGGAACGCUACAUCUCCGUGUGUCACCCUUCCCGUGCGAAACAGCUAUGCACUAUUUCCCGCGCUCGAUUGGUGUGCGCUAUAGUAUUCAUUAUCAUGAUCCUCCUCUCUCUGCCGUCACUGUUCAGAUAUAAGGUAGAAACUUUUCAUGACGACAAGAACAAUAUUACAUGCAGUGCGAUUAUCCCGACAGACCUUGGCAACAAUGAAGCCUUCAUGGUACCCUACACGUGGAUCCAAAACGCUCUUAGAGCUAUUAUCCCUCUAUUCGUUCUGAUUUACCUUAACGCUCGUAUUAUCAACGAGUUGCGUAAAGAACGGGUGAAGGGUAAGCGUCUGUCAUCAAGGAACCGUAUCACUCUGAUGCUUAUCAUAAUUAUCCUCGUCUUCGUCAUCUGCAUCACACCCGACGCCGUGAUGUCGACGUUCUUUGGCAAAGGCUACGUCGAGGAAGGGAAUCUGGUGAAGGGCAUCCGCGAGAUUACAGACUCCCUGCUUGCCGUCAACUCCGCGUUUAACUUUGUUUUGUACUGUGCACUGAGUAUUGUGUUCCGCAACACCUUCUUGAGGAUAUUCUGCGCAUGCCGACCGGACCUUGUUCCAAAGGACACACGCCGGAGCAUGCGAAACGGAAGUACCCAUGUGAUUAGGAACAAUUCAAAAGACGUUGAAGAUAAGACGCAGACAAAUGCACAGGAGACAUAUGUGUGACCUUAUGUGUGCAUGGACAUUGAUACCAUAACGGCCUUUUGUUCAGUUUGCGUUGCUAGCUGCGUUAUUUUGUUUUCAUAAAUUGUGCCACUUGUAUCGAUAAAUAUUAAACGUGCCCGCUGAAGCCUUGUAACUUGAGAGAGAGACACCUAGAUGAACGAUCUUGAUAUUUAUUCUUUGUAUGUUAAUGAUUCCAUCAAGCUUCUUACACUUAAGAUGAUUAUGCUCAUUUGGUGAACUGAAUAAAACAAAUCCAUGUAUAGAA